AUGUGCAUGCGACGAACGUGGCCAUGAGUUGUGCCUCAAGUUCUGAGUGUUCCGAAAGGCUCCCGGGCAGCGGUGGCGCACUGCGACAAGCAGUGAAAUGUAUCGAUCGCUACGCGCGCAGGGAUGCCACUUAUAAAUCGGCUUCCGCACUGAACACUGGGCUGGCCACAUUCUCGACCUUAAAGCCAAUGUUAGUAAGUUUUAACUAGCUGCAGCAGUGAAGUGCCCGUGGGUUCUUAACCGCGUUGUGCUGCGUUGUGGAUUGGUGGGCGUUAAUAAGUGGAAGAUGUGGCACCUCAGAGCGUACUCUUGAGCCUGCCCGAGUUUUCAGGUAUUUGCUCGUUGUGGCUAGGUCGAUUGGUACGAAGGACACGACAUGGAUAUCAUCGCUAGGCUUCCCGAAGCCGAGUCGCCUACGGGUCUCACGUUCGAAAACUUGGACCACCUGGAACGUGUGUUCCGUGAAGCAGUUGGGCCUGGCAAGGAAUUGAACCGGGAACAGUUCCGCCAGAUCGUACAGUCCCGCAAUGCCUUCUUCGCCGAACGAAUGUUCCAACUGUUCGACACCGAUAAGUCCGGCACCAUAUCGCUGGACGAGUUCAUCUCGGCCGUGAAGCGUUUCGCCAAGAAGUCGCAGGACGACAAGCUGGCGAUCCUGUUCCAGCUUUACGACGUCGACGGCGACGGUCUCAUCCAACCGCAGGAACUGCGGGACGUCAUGCGGGCCUGCAUGGAGGAGAACGGCCUGCAGUUCACCGAGUACGAACUGGACGAAUUGACUAACGUCCUCUUCGAAGACGCAGAUCGCGACGAAACGGGCUCUGUGACGCUGGACGAACUCCGGUGCCAACUCCAGAGCAGGCCGGGCCUUUACGAGAACCUGACGGUCAGUGUCGAGCGCUGGCUUCUUCCGCCCUCGGGCCGCCGUUCCGCAAAGCCUGCGUUCACUUCGCGUUGGCCCAAGAAGCUUACGCGGAUCUACCUCAGGAACAACGCGGUGAGCGCUGCAUUUUGCUUCUGCUUCUUCGCCCUCCAGUUGGCGGUGUUCCUCAGUCGCAUGGAAGCCGAAUCAAUGAAGCACCGGGACCUCAAAGAGAGUAUCGACCGCUACUGGUUUCAAGUACUUACCUGGCAGAUGGGAGCGCUGGCCGGUUUGAACCAUACCAGUGAAGGCUUUUUCAGCGCUCAAGACGGCGCCGAAGUCGAGUGGAUGCCCAACGCGCCUACGAUGGGACUUCACAGCGAGUACGAACUUGUCGCCCGCGAAUUCGGCCAGCUACUGAACUUCGUAUGCGCGUUCACGGCGCUUCCUGUACUGAGACACUGCAUCACUUGGCUUCGAAGCCACGGCGCGGGCAGGUUCGUGCCGUUGGACAGCAGCAUAUACUACCACAAGCUUACGGGUUGGUGCAUCUUCGUGUACAGCAUCCUUCACACCUUAGCUCACGUGUUCAACUUCAUUCGCCUCUCCAAGGGAGACUGCCACGUGCUCGUGCUGUUCCUGUUCACGACGCAUCACGACAUCGGCUGGGUAGGCGGUACUGCGUCCAUAACCGGCUGGGUUCUUCUAGUGGUCCUCACGGUGAUGGUCGUCUGUUCGCUGCCCUGCCUGCGUCGAAGCGGCCGGUUCGAAGUGUUCUACUUCACGCAUCUCCUUUACACGGUCUUCUGGUUCUUCUUGAUUCUGCACGCGCCAAAUUUCUGGAAGUGGUUCCUCGUGCCCGGUCUGCUGCUCACGAUGGAGAUGUUGGUGCGAGCCUGCCGGUUCUUCAGCUCGUAUGGCAUGACCACGGUGCUCAAAGGCGUCAUCUUGCCCUCCAGAGUGAUUCACCUCGUGUUGAAGAAGCCUCCCGACUUCGACUACCACCCCGGCGACUACAUCUACCUCAAUAUCCCGUGUCUGGCGCGAUUCGAGUGGCACCCGUUCACCAUCAGCAGCGCUCCCGAAAAGGACGACGUCAUCUGGCUGCACAUACGCUCCUUCGGUGGCUGGACCAACCACCUUUACCAGUACUUCGACAACUUCAGGCGCGAGGCUUCCGAGCUUCCGCCGUCCGGAAGGGUGAGCGCUACGGAUUUGCGGCUCCGCUCUCUCGACGGACUUGAGCGCGCUCACCUAGACAAGAGCAGGCUGAGGGACUCCGAGAGUGUGGUGCUCAUGCCUCGAGGCACGCAGCCGAGGGACAGCUGCGCCUUCCUAGAGACGGGACACGAACUGGAGGCCAUCGUCGAGAGGGGCCUCGAGACGGGAGCGCGCUACGCAGACUACACGAGCCUCAUCAUCGCCAAGAACCCGUUGACCGUGCGCAUAGACGGCCCUUACGGGUCACCCUCGAGCCACAUCUUUCGAGCUCAGCAUGCCGUCUUGGUCGCCGCUGGCAUUGGGGUUACGCCUUUUGCGAGCAUCCUUCAGAGCAUCAUGUACAGGUACUACCAGGCUCGGUCCACUUGUCCCCAGUGCAGCCACUGUUGGGUCGAGAAGCUGCCGAGCAGCGUCAUGAAGCUGCGCAAGGUGGACUUCAUCUGGAUCAACCGGAGUCAGCAGUCUCUCGAGUGGUUCGUGCGACUUCUGAGCGACCUGGAGGCCGAGCAGGCGCUCCUGGGCGACGUCCUCGAGCGGUUCCUGGACGUGCACAUCUACAUCACGUCCGCGCUCAGUCGCACCGACAUGAAGGCCGUGGGCCUGCAGUUGGCUCUGGACCUUCUACACGAGAAGGACAAGCGCUGCCUCAUAACGGGACUCAAGAGCCGCACCCAGCCCGGCCGGCCCGAUUGGGAGAAAGUGUUCGAGAACAUCAAGGAGCAGAAGAAAGGCAAGGUGACCGUGUUCUACUGCGGACCGCCGGCGCUCAGCCAGAUCCUGCACGACCACUGCAACAGGCAUCACUUCGCGUUCAGAAAGGAAGUGUUUUAAGCGAAUCCCAAUGGUGUCAUCGUGUAUAUAUUCUAGGUUUCCUAGUGUCCUGCUCAUGUCCUUGCAGCAAGAGCUUUGCUAGAAACCCAGAGAUGGUGAUGUAAAUAAUAAUUUUAUCGUUGCGUGUGUUUUAAGCAACCAGCAAGACAUGUUCGUUCUUACCGACUGGUUGUAACAUUUUAGCAAACCCUUUGCGUUGAUUAUAUUAACAGCUCACACUAAGUGUUCGCAAUUAUCGCAGUUAUUAUUCUUGUUAAUAGUAAAUGUAGCGAGUUUUAGGUGAUGAAAUAAAAACAUGCUGAAAGUGUGAUUUUAACGAAAGCAAUAAACCUCUUCUUAAAAGAAGCCUUCUAUAAAGCU